AUGCAAGCACUCAAAUGUGUUGUAGUCGGCGAUGGUGCCGUAGGUAAAACUUGCUUAUUAAUCUCAUAUACAACGAAUACAUUUCCUGGUGAAUAUAUACCAACGGUGUUUGAUAAUUAUUCAGCGAAUGUUAUGGUCGAUGGAAAACCAAUUAAUCUUGGCUUAUGGGAUACAGCUGGUCAAGAAGAUUAUGAUCGUCUCCGUCCAUUGUCUUAUCCGCAAACGGAUGUUUUUCUUAUUUGUUUUUCUCUUGUUAGUCCAGCUUCAUUUGAAAAUGUUCGAGCUAAAUGGUAUCCUGAAGUUAGUCAUCAUUGUCCUCAAACACCAAUUGUUCUAGUCGGUACAAAACUUGAUUUACGUGAUGAUAAAAUUGCAAUUGAAAAACUUCGAGAAAAAAAAUUAACACCAAUAACAGCUAUUCAAGGUGAAGCAAUGCGUAAAGAAAUUGGUGCUGUUAAAUAUUUAGAAUGUUCUGCUUUAACUCAAAAAGGUCUGAAGACAGUGUUCGAUGAAGCAAUACGUGCUCAUCUAUGUCCAAAACCAAAACCGAAAAAGAAAGGAUGUAUUCUUCUUUGA